CACCGCCGCCGCCGCCGCCCCCGGGGCCGCCCCUCGCCUCGCCGAGAUGCCCGGGACGGUGCUGCUGCUCUGCCUGGCCCUCGGGCCGGUCCUGCGCGCCAGGUGUGAGAGCACAGAGGAAUACGAUUACGAUUACCUCAGCAUCAAUAAAACCUGGGUCCUCACCCCCAAGGCACAGGAGACUGAUGCCACACAGAUCCUCAACUCGCUGCUGAAGAACUAUGACAACAAGCUGAGGCCCGACAUUGGCAUCAAGCCCACGUUCAUUGAUGUGGAUAUAUAUGUGAACAGCAUCGGGCCGGUGUCUGUCAUCCAGAUGGAAUACACCAUUGAUAUCUUCUUUGCUCAGACGUGGUACGACCGGCGCCUGCGGUUCAACAGCACCUUGAAGGCCCUCACGCUGAACACCAACAUGGUGAGCCGCAUCUGGAUCCCAGACACCUUCUUCAGGAACUCCAAGCGGGCUGAUUCCCACUGGAUAACCACUCCCAACCAGCUCCUCCGCAUCUGGAACGAUGGAAAAGUGCUCUACACGCUCAGGCUGACAAUUGAGGCUGAAUGUCUGCUCCAGCUGCAGAAUUUCCCAAUGGACACUCACUCCUGCCCUUUGGUUUUUUCCAGUUAUGGAUACCCUCGGGAGGAGAUUGUCUAUCGCUGGAGGCGCUACUCCAUCGAGGUCUCUGACCAGCGCACCUGGAGGCUCUACCAGUUUGACUUCACGGGGCUGAGGAACACCUCAGAAGUUCUCAGGACUGGGGCAGGGGAGUACAUGGUGAUGACAGUUUCUUUUGACCUAAGUAGACGUAUGGGUUAUUUUGCCAUUCAGACCUACAUUCCCUGCAUCCUGACUGUUGUGCUUUCCUGGGUCUCCUUCUGGAUCAAGAGAGACUCUACACCAGCCAGGACAUCUCUGGGAAUCACGACUGUGCUCACGAUGACCACCCUGAGCACCAUCUCCCGCAAGCACCUGCCCCGUGUUUCCUACAUCACAGCCAUGGACCUCUUUGUCUCCGUGUGCUUCAUCUUCGUGUUCGCAGCUCUCAUGGAGUAUGCCACACUCAACUACCUGGUGGGGAACAAGAAACCACUGGAGCACAACAACAGGAAAGCCAGGCUGCCACCUGCCGGUGCACAGGUGAUGCCAACCUUCACCACCAUCAACAUCAACCACAUCAUGCACUGGCCCCCAGAGAUAGAGGAGGAUGACGAUGAUGAUCCUGGCUCGCCAUGCUUGGAAGGAAAGGAGUGUGAGAGGUUCUUCUGCUGCAUUGAGGACUGUCAGACAGGGAUGUGGCGGGAGGGGAGGGUCCGCAUCCACAUCUCCCGCCUGGACUCCUACUCUCGCGUCUUCUUCCCCACUGCCUUCCUGCUCUUCAACAUUGUCUACUGGAUUGCCUAUCUCUAUCUCUAGCCCUUCUUUGUCCUCUGCUGGAAUGGACUGGAGACCAGCAAGGUGGGCUUCUCAAGGAGCAUAGAGAACAGCAUCUCUUCUGUUGUAGUCAGCUGUCAGUCGGAACAAUCCAACCUGGUGAUUCCCUCUUCCUGCUCUCUCAUCUCUUCUGAGAAGAACCAAACAGCUUUUUUUUAGCCUUCUAACAUAUCUUUUUAGAGAAUCUACCCUUCCCAAACAGCCUCAUCUCCAACACCACCAGCACUGUACUCCUUGUAAGAUUGCCCAAAAACAUCCUAUUCCCAUCUCAAGCAUUAGGGAUUUUGUCAAAAAAAAAAAACCUUAAUGCAUUUCACUUUUCCAUCCAAUCCUACUCCAAAAUUCCACGGGAAAUGAGGGCAAAUGGAGUUUUCUGCAUAGUUGUUAAGACUGCAAAGGAAAUAAAGGAGAUCUUAUAGCUUCUGCACCACUUCCACCAGAACAGACUUUGUGGGUGCUAGAAGCUUGGAAAGGUCAGAAGGAAAUGGUGUGGAAAAGGGCAGCAGUACAGCUUCUCACAGUAGCUGGGCUUGGCUAAAAUGUUUUGAACCUGCCCAGACAUCUGACAGUGGCACUGACAAGGAUGAAGCAGCUGCAAGCCUCCACCAGCUCCCUGCAGAACAUCUAGGAAGCAUUCCUCAUGGAUCGCUCCGCUUGUUGUGCCAAGUGGCACCCGAGACAUCCACCCACGGAGGCGUUGCUGAUUCUCGUCAGAUGGUGGCAAAAAGCACUUCACAAGUUUGCAGGGCCCGUCUGCCUCCCUGGAGCAGCCUCUUCAGGGCCCACAGUGACAUUCUUUGCUUUGUGAUCGGGAUUUGGAGCGGGCUCUGCAGCUCACGUUGGGCAUCACCAAAAGAGGGUGAAAGUCCUUGUGCUACAAAGGCCAGAAGUCUCCUGAGCCUGAUAUGAGGUUUUCUUAGGCCUGUCUCACGUGAGCUGGGCUCUCCUGUGCCAUGCAGCACAGAAGGGCAGUGCUUUCCUGCACAGCAACACUUGUUGAAACUAUCAGGUCUGCUGCACCCACCGGUGGUGGGAAGAGAGCAUUCCUGCAGCUCAGAUGCGUUCCUUUAAUUAUUUCUUUUUUUUUUUAUAAUUACAUAAAAUGACAGCCUUCACUAAGCCUGUAUGACUCCUCCCAGUUGCCAUCGAUACUUGGCCCUUUUCCUCCCCAAAUCAAGAAAGGGAGUGAGUUGUCCCUGAUAGAUUUCAAGGUCAGACAUAUUGAGAUGGUUCCUUCUGAUCCAUCUCAAAGGGAUAGAGAAAUCCAUAAUGCAGUUUCAACUGGGAAGAAACUGCGUAGUAUAGAAGAGGAAACUCAGGCCCAAGGUCCAUAAUAUAUAAACUGGCUGCCUCCCCAUUUAUACCAACUGCUGAUGUAGCCCCCACCAUGACUGUGAAAAACAAUGGGCCAUUAAUAGUUACUUACUGUGUCAGUUAGAAACAAAGAAGACCUUUUUUUAAAAACAGCAUGUUUUAGAAAAAAACUAGUACUUAAAAGACUUGUCAUGAGAAGAAAGCCAGCAUGGCUGCAGAGAAAAAGUUAGGAAAGGCUGGCUCACAGGACAGCUAACAGAGGCAGGAGGUUUUACAUAUUCUUGGAGAGCAAUUUGAUCUGGUUUAAAGACGGAUUUUGACACUGUUAAAUCUGAUCUGAAUAAUGAAGUGUCAUGUUUAAUUCAUUCAUAAAUACAGCCUUACCUUGGUUCCAGAGGAGCAGCUAGAGCAUCUUAUUAAGUAUACAAUAGUACAACAGUCAGCUAAGUAUAACCUAAUGGGGUCAGACCAGCAGAGCUCUGAAAGGGGAAAUUGUGCCUGUCUAACCUGUUACAGUUCUUCUUUUAAAAUACCAAGUAAGAGAUAAAGGUUACUCAGAAGCAUAAUUUGCUUAGCUGCUCCGACAGCUUUUGAAAGGAUGGAAAGAAAUUAUGGCGGGCGGUUCUAACUGAGGAAAUUGAUUUAGCAAAAGAAUUAUUAAGGAGGUUCUAAUUAGAGGAAAUUAACUGAGGAGAGGGGGGGGGAAAAAGAAUUGUUAAGGAGGCUCUAAUUAGAGGAAAUUAAUGUUUUAGAGAGACAGACACAGAGAGGGAGAAGUCUAAGAAAAGAAUCAAAACAACUUCCAGACAAGGGGAGCUGCCGGGUGACAGUGCCGACUCCCAGCCGGGCGGGUGGAUGUUCUGCUCCCGAUAGCAAAGCGUUAUUAGAUGUAGCAACAGAAAAACCUCCUAUGACUCAGCCCUACACCAACGGGGAGCUGGAUUAAACAGGGUCCUGUGAUCCCUGUCGGGAGCCAAAAGGAAAGAGCAUCCUAGAUUAAAACUGGCUCGCAGGACGGGCUCCGAGCGCAGGCUCUGAGCGAAGCCUGUCCCCGCGCUGCGGAAGGCAGCUGUUGGGGUGUGCGUGGGAGGGGACACCCCGUGGCAAACCAGGGCCCGGGCCAAGUAUGCUCAUUAACAGGAUGGUGGCUCGAAAGGUGUGCUGGCAAUGUGGGCUGCAGUGAACACAGGCAGCGAAACGUGGAAGCAUCUGAGAAAGGGAGGGUGGAAGGGAAAAUUUAACAGCCAAGUGCAAAGGAGUCCAAACAUCUACAAUUUGCUGUAACUUCAAAGCUCUGGGGAGCCUUGAUGGACACAGGUGAUUAUCACUGGAGUACAGGCUUCAACCCUGAGAGCAGCAACUUGUUGAAAUUAGACCUUUAACAGAAUCAGCCAGGAGAGAAACAGGGUGUGCAAGAAACCUAAGAGGAUGACAGGGACUCGGACAAAGAAGACUUGAAAGAUUGUAAGAUUUCACAAAAAAAAGAUAAAGCCAACACACACCUAGGUAAUUUAACCAAUGAUGGAGGAUCUGACAGAGGAAAAUAGCCUAGCGUGGGCUGCAGCACAAGGGAGCUGAUUACUAAGGCUGGGGAAGGAGGAGGGAGGGGGCUUCUUGGCUUAGGGAAAUCUGUGCCCAUCAUAAAUAGCGCAAUAAAUAAAGGCAUGAACAAAUCCAA